AUGUCCCAGAACGGGCUAGUAUGGCCUCACCUGACCUGUUUGGAGGAUUGGCAGCGAUUCGUCUCUCUUACAAUACACUCCUAUCUUUCUCCGAAACCUUGCUCUCAGUGCUAUCCGGAGGUGUGGUGCCAAGCAUUUUUGGAGUGCCGGUUUUUUGUCAACCGCCUGACAGCCUCCGUCCAUUUCAUCUUCCAACGUUUUGAUGUCAGAUCAAACUGUGCCUUCAUUACCAUGUUAUCAUUCCAAUUUUUCAACCGGACUCGAAGACGAGAGGGCCCGCCCUCGACCAUGAUGACGACGACGUCAAAAAAGCGGAAGGCAUCCAUAAGUUUCGAGCAGCAACCACAGCCUGAUGAAUCGCACUCGCAUUUAACGCAUGGACUCUACAAGUCCUACAAAUUCCGGUCUUUAGUUCAAGGGAAUGAAUUCCGGCUCCUCCAUGUCACCAAAAUAUCAAUCGAUGAGAAAUGGGAGUAUGGAAUUGAACGCCACGUCCUGGAGAGGGCACCACUGUUCGAAACCAUCUUGUACGUCUGGGGCGAUGCAACUGGCCAACACACGCUGGUCCUCGCCCCGAACAAUGUGGGCGGUGCUUCAGAAUCGAUGUCUAUCAACGACAAUCUGCGGAAGCAAUUCCCCCGCUUUCUUGGCAUUGCCGCACGGGAUACCUAUCGAUAG